AUGGAUAUCCGACUGCUGCAACCGUCUGACAUACCGCAUGUCCAACAUGCCAACAUUACCAACCUGCCAGAGAACUAUUUCAUGAAAUACUACCUCUACCAUGCAUUGUCCUGGCCCCAGCUUUCCUACGUAGCCGUCGACGUCUCGCGGCCUAAAAAAACCCCUUACGAUUACCCGCGCAUCGUAGGCUAUGUACUGGCCAAGAUGGAGGAGGAUCCCCCGGACGGAGUGCAGCACGGUCACAUUACCAGUCUCAGCGUGAUGAGAACGCACCGACGGCUAGGAAUCGCCGAGAAGUUGAUGCGACAGGCUCAACGAGCAAUGGUCGAAACUUUCGGCGCCCAAUACGUCUCCCUCCAUGUGCGUAUGUCCAAUAGCGCGGCUCUACAUCUUUACCGCGAUACCUUGGGGUUCGAACAGGAGAAGGUCGAGGCGAAGUACUACGCUGAUGGCGAGGAUGCGUACUCGAUGAAGCUGGACCUUGGGUUCAUCAGAGAGCAGAUUGUGGACGAGGAGGACGACGCGGAGGAUUUGGAUGAGGGCGAACCGGUAGGCGAGCUGGGUAAGAAGGAUGGGGAGAAAGAGUUAAAUGGGAAGGGAGCCGGCAAGAAGAGAAAGGUCAAGGUCGGUAGAGGGCUGGGUGUUGGGGAGUUGGUGGAGAGGAAUGAGAGCCAGAAAGCUUAG